CAUCACUUUACGUGCUGCCUGGUGGACACAUUUAGUGAAGGUUGAUUCGGUAAAAUGGUCCAGCGACUGACGCUUCGACGACGCUUGUCGUACAACACCAAGUCCAACAAACGCCGUGUUGUUCGUACACCCGGCGGUCGGCUUGUGUACCUGUACGUGAAGAAACAGCGUACCCUACCGAAAUGCGGACAGUGCAAGGAGAAGCUUGCUGGUAUCAAGCCAUCGCGGCCAAGUGAGCGUCCCCGCAUGAGCCGUCGCCUGAAGACCGUGACCCGAACCUUCGGCGGUGUGCUGUGCCACCGUUGCCUCCGUGAGCGCAUCAUUCGCGCAUUCCUUAUCGACGAACAGAAGGUCGUGAAGGUGCUGCGUGCCCAGCAGCAGGCCAAGUCAACCGGUAAGCCGCCCAAGGUUGCCAAGCCGACCACCAAGCCCACUAAAGCUGCCGCCGGCAAGUCGAAGUAGGCUGUGGCAACGAUGAUGCCUGUUUGUAUAAACAUUAAGGAAACACUCUUCAAGCAACAAUAAAAACAGAUCAGUUGGUGCGAAAA